CAGAGUGGCAAUUCCCUAGGCGGUGGCGGUGGCGGUGGCGACAGUUGGGGGCACAGCACAGCACGCGAUGAACUCUCAGGACUGCGAGGCGGACGCGGCCCCUGGGCCCCCAGCCUGCGACUACGUGGCCACCUGGUGGAACAUGGUCCUGCGGAACCUGCGAUCUCUUCCACACUCCUGUUCAACACUCAGAGGAAAAAUUGCUGCUCUGUACAUCAGCUUUACUAGUAAACCAUUAAAAGAACACAUUUUCCCUCCUCUGAUGGACAUGCUGAUUUAUUUUAAUUUUUACAAAGCUCCAUUUCUUGUGGAUUUAAAGAAACCAGAGUCAAAGAUUCCUCACACUGUGAACUUCUACAUAAGGGCUGAACCCCGAGUGAUGCUGGGAAUCUGGCACACAGUCCCCAGCUGCCGGGGAGAAGAUGCCAAGGGGAAGGACUGUUGCUGGUAUGAAGCAGCCCUUCACGAUGGGAACCCGAUUAUUGUUUAUCUUCAUGGCAGUGCAGAACAUAGGGCAGCCCCUCACAGGCUUGAGCUGGUAAAGGUGCUGAGUGAUGGUGGCUUUCAUGUUCUCUCUGUUGACUACAGAGGGUUUGGGGACUCAACGGGGAAGCCCACGGAGGAGGGACUGACUGCGGAUGCUAUUUGUGUCUAUGAGUGGACCAAGGCAAGAUGUGGUGCCACUCCUGUGUGUCUCUGGGGCCACUCUCUGGGCACAGGAGUUGCAACAAAUGCUGCAAAAGUGUUAGAAGAGAAAGGAUGCCCAGUUGAUGCCAUUGUCUUGGAAGCUCCUUUUACCAACAUAUGGGAUGCAAGUAUCAACUAUCCCUUGUUAAAGAUUUACCAGAAGCUGCCAGGAUGUGUACAGGUGCUUAUGGAUGCCCUGAGAAAAGACAGGAUAGUCUUCCCCAGUGAUGAAAAUGUUAAAUUCCUGUCUUCUCCCCUGCUCAUCUUACAUGGAGAGGAUGACAGGACUGUGCCUUUGGAGUGUGGAAAAAAGCUCUAUGAAAUUGCACAUGAUGCCUACAGGCACAAAGAGAGGGUCAAGAUGGUUAUCUUUCCUCCUGGUUUCCAUCACAAUUUCCUUCAUAAAAGUCCCAUACUAUUAAAAACCGUGAGAGAUUUCCUGAGUGAGCAGUGGGCUUAGGUCAUGAGAGCAGCAGCAAUCUUCACUGAGGACUUGGUCCAAAUACCACCUUUAAUGUAUAUUUUCCUUAUGCAACAUUCUACUGGGAUGCUUGAAUGAGCUGAAACCACUGACACUUCCCCAAGACACUUGUCAUCUAAACAAGGAGAAUGUAGGGGAGGCAUGGAAUGUUCUCAUUUAGCUCAUCAUAGUCUACUUUGAAACAUGCUGAAACCUCAUCACCAUGGAGAAUCAGAAUUUGGUAAAAUUUGGAUCUCAUCUAAAAAUGUAUAGUCAUCAGACUGGGGACAUUUGCUAUGGUGGGAACAUCUGCACCUGCCCCCAAAUUCAUAUGUCGAAGGUUAUGAUGUUGGGGGAGGUGACUGGAUCAUGAGAGUUCAGUCAUGAACAGGAUUAGUGUCCUUAUGAAAUAGGCCCAAAGAGCUCUGUACCUCUUCCACUGGGAGGACACAACAGGAAGACCACACCUAUGAACAGAAAGUGGUCCCCACUAGACACUGAAUGUGCUAGCCCCUUGAUUUUGGACUUCUAAUUGCCAGAACUAUGAGAAAUAAAUUUCUAUUAUUUAUAAGUUAUUCCGUUUAUGACAUUUUGUUAUAGCAGCCUGAAUAGACUAAGACAUAGUCUUUGGUCUGGACUUAGCAGUAUUAAAUAAAGGUGCUUUGGGCUGGGGCUGUAGCUCAGUGGUAGAGCACCUGCCUUGCAUGUGUGAGGCACUGGGUUUGAUCCUCAGUAUCACAUACAAAUAAAUAAAUAAAGAUAUUUUUUUUAAAAAUGGUGCUUUACUGUAGUUAAAGAAUUUGUUUUUGUUUAAUUCAUUUAAAUAGCACUAUCAAGUUCUAAGCACUUUUCCAAUUUUCUGAUUAGUUUUGGGUUAAGUCCUUGCAAGCUAUCAAUCUGCUAUAAAGCAAUAAGUUUUGGCACUCCUGGAGUCUUCAGUAAUUGACACUUUAUUUUCAGUCCUAAAUACAACCAUACAUGUUCCAUUUCCAUUCCCAAAGAUACUUAACUAUUAGCUAAUAAAUCAAUGAAUGCUGUGAAAAUGUUCAAAUUCAAUAAGAAGCUCUUUUUUUUUU